UCAGAAUCAACCCUCAACAACAAAAAUUUUGAUUUAAAACAUUAAAAGUUUGAAUUAAUUAAGUAUCUCAUUAAGUCUAGAGCAAGAUGGAUUGCACCAUGAUUAAGGAUAUCCGUGGAGGCCUAAAGAACGUAAAUGUCAUCUUUAUAGUGCUCGAGAACAUAAGCUGCUCAAAAACUAAAGAAAACAGAGAAGUCAAUAGCUUUAAAGUCGCAGAUCCAACAGCCUCAAUAAAUUGUUCAAUUUGGGAUGAACCAGGGAAAUUGAUAGCUCCUGGCGAUAUUGUAAAAUUAACUAAAGGGUAUGCCAGUAUUUUUAGAGGAUGUCUAACUCUAUAUUCUGGAAAGUCAGGAGAGAUCGUUAAGAUGGGUGAUUUUUGCAUGGUCUUUAACGAGCAGAUUAACAUGUCCGAACAAGUGCCUCAGAAUCAAGUACAGGCUCAGGCAAUACAAGGAAAUCACAUUAAUGCCAAUAGUAAUACAAAUUCAUCAAAUGGGAACUCAAAUCGAGCUUCAGUUGUUGUGAAUCCACCAGUUAUACCGCCUGUUGUACCUUCAAAUGCCACAAAUUCUAGUUCUACUUCCAAUCAGUCUAACAAACAGACAAAAUCAACUCCACCUUCUAAAGCUUAUAUGAGGAAACCAAUUUCUAAGAAAUAAAGUGAUCUUUUGACAAUUUUGAGACAUUUAUUAUAAUUAAAAAAAUCUUUGGAUGUUUAAUUUUUAGAGAUUUAGGUAUAAAUGCAGUAACUAGAUAGUUAAAAUUCACUUGAUCACAUUAAACUUCUUUCCAACUUCAAUAAAUGCAUUAAUUGCCUGAUCAAUCUCUUCUUCUGUAUGUGCUGCAGAGAUUUGUACUCGAAUCCUAGCCUUGCCUUUUGGAACGACUGGGAAGCUAAAUCCAAUAACAUAAAUUCCAUAGUUCAAUAGCUCAUUUGAUAUAUCUUGUGCCAAUUUAGCAUCACCAAGCAUGACUGGAGAUAUUGGAUGAUCUUCACCUGAAAUCGUAAAUCCAGCUUUUGUCAUUCCAUCUCUAAACUUUCUUGUGUUCUUUUGUAAAUUUCCUAUGAAAUCAUUUGGUGCGAGAAGCAUGUCCAUGACUUUUAUGCCUACUCCAACAAUUGCUGGUGAUAGAGAAUUACUAAAGAGAUAUGGACGAGAUUUUUGUCUUAAAAGUUGAAUCACUUCUUUUGGUCCGCAUGUGUAGCCUGGAAUUCAGAAAAAAUAUAAAACUUUGAAUUAAAAGUGCAGUUUUUGCAUCGAGAGUGCAUUCAGUAAAGAUUUUUGGAUCAAGAGUGCGUUCAGAUAGGGUUUUUGCAUCGAGAGUGCAUUCAGUAAAAAUUUCUGGAUCAAGAGUGCGCCCAAAAAGGUUUUUUCAUCAAGAGUGCAUUCAGUAAAGAUUUCUGGAUCAAGAGUGCGUUCAGAAAGGGUUUUUGCAUCGAGAGCGCAUUCAGUAAAGAUUUCUGGAUCAAGUAUGCGUUCAGAGAAGGUUUUUGCAUCAAGAGUGCAUUCAGUAAAGACUUCUGGAUCAAGAGUGCGUUCAGAAAGGUAUUUUCCAUCAAGAGUGCAUUCAGUAAAGAUUUCUGGAUCAAGAGUGCGUUCAGAAAGGGUUUUUGCAUCAAUAGUGCAUCCAGUAAAGAUUUCUGGAUCAAGAGUGCGUUCAGUGAAGGUAUUUACAUCAAGAGUGCAUUCAGUAAAGAUUUCUGGAUCAAGAGUGCGUUCAGAAAGGGUUUUUGAAUCAAAAUUGUAUUCAGGAAAAAUUUCUGGAUCAAGAGUGCGUUCAGAUAGGGUUUUUGCAUCGAGAGUGCAUGCAGUGAAGAUUUCUAGAUCAAGAAUGCGUUCAGAGAAGGUUUUGCACCAAGAGUGCAUUCAGUAAAAAUUUCUGGAUCAAGAGUGCGUUCAGAAAGGUAUUUUCACCAAGAGUGCAUUCAGUAAAGAUUUCUGGAUCAAGAGUGCGUUCAGAAAGGUAUUUUCACCAAGAGUGCAUUCAGUAAAGAUUUCUGGAUCAAGAGUGCGUUCAGAAAGGGUUUUUGCAUCGAGAGUGCAUUCAGUAAAGAUUUCUGGAUCAAAAGUGCGUUCAGAGAAGGUAUUUUCACCAAGAGUGCAUUCAGUAAAGAUUUCUGGAUCAAGGGUGCGUUCAGAGAAGGUUUUUGAAUCAAAAGUGUAUUCAGUAAAGAUUUCUGUACCAAGAGUGCAUUCAGUAAAGAUUUCUGGAUCAAGCGUGCGUUCAGAGAAGGUUUUUGCAUCAAGAGUGCAUUCAGUAAAGAUUUCUGGAUCAAGAGUGCGUUCAGAAAGGUAUUUGCAUCAAGAGUGCACCCAGUAAAGAUUUCUGGAUCAAGAGUUCGUUCAGAAAAGCUAUUUGCAUCAGGAGUGCGUUCAGUAAAGAUUUCUGUAUCAAGAGUGCGUUUAGAAAGGCAUCGAGAGUGCAUUCAGUAAAGAUUUCUGUAUCAAGAGUGCGUUUAGAAAGGGUUUUUGCAUCGAGAGUGCAUUCAGUAAAGAUUUCUGGAUCAAGAGUGCGUUCAGUGAAGGUAUUUGCAUCAAGAGGGCAUUCAGUAAAGAUUUCUGUAUCAAGAGUGCGUUCAGAAAGGUUGUUUGCAUCAAGAGUGUAUUCAGUAAAAAUUUCUGGAUCAAGAGUUCGUUCAGAAAGGUAUUUUCACCAAGAGUGCAUUCAGUAAAGAUUUCUGGAUCAAGAGUGCGUUCAGAGAAGGUUUUUGGAUCAAGAGUGCAUUCAGUAAAUAUUUCUGGAUCAAGAGUGCGUUUAGAAAGGGUUUUUGCAUCGAGAGUGCAGUCAGUAAAGAUUUCUGGAUCAAGAGUGCGUUCAGUGAAGGUAUUUGCAUCAAGAGUGCAUUCAGUAAAGAUUUCUGUAUCAAGAGUGCGUGCAGAAAGGGUGUUUGCAUCAAGAGUGCAUUCAGUAAAAAAAAUCUGGAUCAAGAGUACGUUCAGAAAGGUAUUUUGCAUCGAGAGUGCAUUCAGUAAAGAUUUCUGGAUCAAGAAUGCGUUCAGAGAAGGUUUUUUCAUCAAGAAAACAUUCAUUAAAGAUUUCUGGAUCAAGAGUGCGUUCAGAGAAGGUAUUUGCAUCAAGAGUGCGUUCAUUAACAAAAACUCAACUCACCACCCAUAGCACCACCCAACGCCUUUCCUAAAGUAGAAUUAAUGAUGUCCACAGAUCCCAUCAUAUCAUAAUACUCCUCAGUUCCACGUCCUGUCUUUCCAAAGAAUCCAGUUGCAUGGCAGUCAUCAACAAAUGUGAUCGCAUUGUAUUUUUUUGCCAAAUUAAUGAUUUCAGGCAGAGGGGCGAUAUUUCCAUCCAUAGAAAAUACUCCGUCUGUUACAAUUAAUUUAACUCUUGCGUCUGAUGCUUUUAAUUUCUCUUCAAGGUCAUUCAUAUUUCUGUGUAGGUAUCGUUGCUUUUGUGCCUUACACAGUCUCAGUCCGUCAAUAAUACUCGCGUGAUUCAGUUCGUCUGAAAAGACUGCAUCUUCAGGUGUCAAAAUGACUUCAAAAACACCAGCAUUUGCGUCAAAGCAUGCAGCAUAAAGGAUUGCAUCUUCACGUUGAUGAAACUGAGAGAUUUUAGUUUCCAAUUCUUUGUGGAUGUUCUGAGUUCCACAAAUGAAUCUAACAGAACUUAAUCCAUGUCCGUACUUGUCAACCAUUUCCUUGGAAUAAUUUUUAAUGUCGUCAUUGGCACUAAGACCUAAGUAGUUAUUAGCACAGAAAUUAAUCACUUUUUUCGGAAUUCCAUCGACCGUUAUUUGAGAUUUUUGUGCAGACGUGAUGACUCUUUCAGUUUUAAAGGUUCCAGCAGCUUUAAUGUCAUCCAAUUGUGUCUGUAAAAUCGCUCGGAAGUUUUGAGCUGCUGCACUGUAGCUUCUGAUUUGCUUUACUAUAAUUAAUCAAUUACAUUUGGGUCGAAUUUGGAUACACAAUGUGACUUACGCUGAUGCAUAUUGAUAGAACUUAAUAAUUUCAUGUUGACGGCAC